AUGUUUCCCCUUUCCAAGUUGAUCAUCAGUGCCUCAUGGUGCGAGGUGCAUGGCGAUGGAGUCAACGACUUCAACGGUGAUGAUAUAUUUGCCCUGGCAGCAUGUAUAGAAGGCGACGGCGAUGACGAUGAUUCAGACUAUGACUAUGCUCCAGCAGCAGCAGCAGCCAUGGAGGGGGAUGACGAUGACGAUGAUGAUGGUGGUUAUGAUUAUGCUCCAGCUGCAUGA